UUAUGUCGUAUGUUUUUCCUUCAUAAUACAGGAAUGCAUGUCCAAAGAAAAAGAAGAGAGGAAAGUAACUUGUAAAAUGCCUCAAGAACAAGAUGACAUUCCUUUGUUCUACUCAGACGUCAUGCCGCUCCUUGUUGACAAUAAGCCAAGUGUUGGAGAGGAUGCAUUCUUGUGGCUGGGAACACUUGUACAUUUAGUAGCUGAUAUUGUUAAUGGACGAUUUACUUUCGAGACGCUGACAGCAGCUACAGAAAAUCGUCUUCAUUUUCCUGCUUAUGACUUGUUCCUGAAAGAGAUUGAAAAAUGUGUGAAGCAUUUGCAAAAACAAACAACCCCAACAGGCAUGGAAAUGGCAGACGAUGAGUUUAUACUACACGUCGAAGGAACUGCAACCUCACAAAGAGUAGUGCGCCAUAUUGGAGGCACUAGUUGGCCUGGUAGGCUGACACUAACAAACUAUGCCCUCUACUUUGAGGCAUCUGGUGUUCUCUCUUAUAAAGAUGCCAUUAAGCUUAACCUUUCUAAAGACACUGAGCAAACUGUCAAGCCAGCCGCCACGGGUCCAUGGGGCGCUCCUCUCUUCGACAAAGCUAUAGUUUAUGAAUCUUCUGAACUGCAAGAAGGGGUUGUCUUUGAAUUUCCAGAAAUGACGAGCUCAACAAGACGCGACCACUGGCUUUCUCUUGUGAAGGAAAUUAUACUAUUGCAUAGGUUUUUACAAAAGUUCAAAGUGGACUCACCAUUGGAGUCGUGGGAGAUGCAUGCGAGAACAAUACUUGGAAUUAUCAGGCUACAUGCAGCCAGAGAAAUGCUUAGGAUAUCACCUCCAGUUCCCAAGAAUUUCCUAAUUUUCGACUUGCUCGAUGAGUUGCCAAAGGGAGAUUAUGUGCUUAAAGAGCUUGCGGAGAGUCUAAAGAAAGUUGACACCGGACACCCGUGUAGUGCUAGCUCGAUCUUGAGGAGCCUGAAUGUCGCCCAACUGUUUGUUCCCACUGUAGAGGUAAAAGAAAUCAAUGACAACGUCAGGGGUAAGGAAAUCAAUGACAGCAUCACUUCCCCUUUGCAAGUCGACAAUGUCUCUCCAUUGGAGAGUGCUAUUGAGCAAUCGAGGGAGGAAGCAAAGGAAAUUGAAUUGGCUAAAGCUACAGUUGAGGAGCUGAAAGAGGAAGGAAUCGGCAAUAGCGUCCAGGUUCUUAUGGGUCUCCUCAAACCACUUAAAAAGUUAGUUCCCUAUGUUCAAGAGGCUUUUACAUGGGAAAGGCCAUUAUACAGUUCCAUUCUCGUGGUGACGACGAUGGUAGUUAUUUACAAAGAGUGGGUUGGCAAAGUGUUAGCAGGUCUUUUAUUGGGAAUUGUCGCUACAAUGAUAUGGGCUAGACGAAGAAGGAUACCAGAUAAGGUCCAUAGAAUAGUUGUCUACACCGGAUCCGAUCAGACAACCAUGGAAAGCAUAGUGUCGGCGCAACAGGGAUUGAGAAGUGUCUACGACUUGAUCCAAACGACGAAUAUAAUUAUACUGAAAAUUUGGUCAGUAUUGGUUUCGAAAGCUCCAAAGCAUGCGGAUAUGGUAAUGGUAGCGUUGGUCGUCGCUGCUGUGAUUUUAGCAGUGGUUCCUUUUAAGUUUAUUCUUAUGGCUCUGGCAUCGUAUGGCUUUGUAGCAUCAUCAAAGAUAGGAAAAAGCAAAAAGCAAAAUGAAAAAGGAAAUAGGAGAUUACAAGAGUGGUGGGACUCUAUUCCAGUUGUUCCUGUUGAUAUUGUAGACAAAAUCGACCCUGAUUCAUAACUUUGGAUAUCGCGGUGAUCCUGGGCAUACUGAAGAGGCUUCAUCACUAGAAAUGAAUAAUUUACCUAUGUCAGAUAAAAAUAUAGUAAAUGAAAGUGGUUUUUUUUCAUGUA